UGUUUCAGUGACGACGGCGUCACCGCAGAGAGUGGUCCUCAGCUCUGCUAUAAAAGACCUGGAGCAUCGCACAGGGACCUGGAAAUCAGCAGCAGGAGCCGAGGCAGCGCAGAGAAGAAAGGCAGCAGUCAGUGAACGUCACAUCCCCGUUCAAACGCUACAGGACUCAGAAGACAGCACAAUGAAAACCGCCUUCAGUUUAGCUGGAUUCAUGCUUUUCAUCAUCAUCAAAAACAGCUGGCAGGUCCCCGACCAGGACGCGAACCAUAACUUCAUGUCACUGUCAGAAAACUCCCUGUUCAACGAACCACUCGAGCUCCCAAACAUGAAGAGACAUUCAGAGGGAACUUUCUCCAACGAUUACAGUAAAUACCUGGAGACCAGAAGAGCACAAGAUUUUGUACAGUGGCUAAAGAACUCAAAAAGGAACGGUAAUAAAAGCGAACCCAGACCUUCUGUGACUGAGACCCUCCGCUGUCUCUCUUGCAGGAGUCUGUUCAGACGUCAUGCAGACGGCACCUACACCAGUGACGUCAGCUCCUACCUGCAGGACCAGGCGGCCAAGGAGUUUGUUUCCUGGCUAAAGACGGGCCGGGGCAGGAGAGAGUAGACGGAGGCACGGAGCUCCAGCAGCUCUGGGAUCAUGCAGCAAUCUCCAAUAACUCUCUGCCAUUAUAUGUGUGUCUCACAGUCUGUGCUGAGCGUUUCCUCUCGCCAUUCUAUCAAAUUCCCAUCGUGAUUGGUCUGCAGUGUUGGAUGAAAUGUUGCAAAAUUGGAAAAAAAAAAUACUUCAGGAUGUUUGAAAUCUGUGUGAUAAAUGGAGCAGGAUUUUUCUUUUUUUCUUCAAACAACGACAUUAUGUUGUUUUUAUGUUCACAUGUUGGGAUUUCUGGUCGUCCGUCAUCCACGUUGACUUAAAACAAAAACCUAUGAUUCCGUUCUCUGUCUGAGUUUGCUUCUGUUCCACACUCACUCCUGUAGAUAGUCUCCGUAUGUUUUCUUAUUAUUCAGAAAAGUCAUUUAGUUUUCAAUAAAGAAAUGUGUACAAUCAA